AGACGACGAAGAAGAUUGUAUGACGCCGGCGAUUCACUUCCGCUUUCAUUGUAACUGUAGCUACAAAUCAGUUACAAGCUGGUAUUUAUUUGUUCCUCAGAGCAUUUUGUUUGGAGGUGAGCGGCUCAUCAGAAAAUGAUUGACGUUAAAGCCUGGGCAGAGUACGUGGUGGAGUGGGCCGCCAAAGACCCCUACGGCUUCCUCACGACCGUCAUCCUGGCCUUGACCCCACUUUUCAUCGCCAGUGCUCUGCUUUCCUGGAAACUUGCGAAGAUGAUUGAGGUCAGGGAUCGCGAGCAGAAAAAGAAGCAGAAGCGACAGGAGAACAUCGCGAAAGCCAAAAGAGCCAAAAAGGACUGAACUGAAACAGCUAAGGGAUGCAGAGGGAUCAAUGCAUAUGUUCCUGUGUGUAAACAAAAUAAAAACAAGCCCCCACUCUUAGCUAUGCAGAACCCAGAGCAGCUCCUGCAGGGGCUUUGGGUGAAACGGGGCUUCGAGACAGCCUUAUCACUCGCUAUGAGUGUGUUGAUUAAUUGAGAUCACUUUUUCAGAACUGCAGUAUUUUGUUUUUUUUUUCUGGAAAAUUCACUGCUGUAACAUGAUUGCAGCACUCAGCAUUCCAAUACUUUUUAAUGUUGACCUUUUCCAACACCAAUCCACUAAAGUUUUUAUUAUUAUUAUUAUUGUUAUUAAAAAAAAAGCUCUUAACAGCCUGAA